AAAAGCAGCAGCGGUGGCGUAUACCCAUGAAGUUUAAUUAGAUUUUAUAGUUCAUUACUCAAGAUAUAAUGAUGGAUUACCAUUAUGAACAGACUAGUGAAGUAGAAGCUUUAGAUUCAAUCUACUAUGGCGAUAUGCAAAUUAUAGAAACUGAGCCGUUCCAUAAGUUCUCGAUACCGAUAAAGUCAGAGGGCUACGACGACGGCGAAGGCCUGGCGUGUCAGCUCGUUUUCACAUACACCGCUAAAUAUCCUGAUGAGGUGCCUAUUAUAGAAAUAGAAAAUGAAGAAAAUUUCGAUGAUAUAGUAGACAAACAGGAGUUACUAACACAUUUAACAGAACAGGCAAAAGAAAAUUUAGGCAUGGUAAUGGUUUUCACACUGGUGUCAGCCGGACAGGAGUGGCUCAGUGACCACUGGGACCGAGUCAAGAAGGAGCGAGAGGAACAGGUGCUGGCCAAGAUCAAGGCUGAUGAGGAAGCUGAACAGAAAAGGUUCGAAGGCACGCGGGUGACGGUGGAAUCGUUCCUGGCGUGGCGAAAACAGUUCGAGAUCGACAUGGGCAUCCCACAGAAACGGGAGAGAGAAGCCAAGGGCAACAACAAGCUCACUGGCAAGGAGCUCUUCCUCAGAGACACCACACUCAACGAGUCUGACUUGAAGUUCUUGGAUGAUGGUGAUGCAGUGAAAGUGGACGAAUCCCUGUUCCAAGAUCUGGACGACCUGGACAUCUCGGACGAGGAUGACGAGGAUUACGUGCCCGGACAGAGCAGCGACAGCGACUAGCCACACGCCAGCGACACACGGCCGACAUGUCAGCGACACACGGACGACACGUCAGCCACACAUAAGCGGUAGAGGACAGUGUCCGUAACAGAGUCGAAAAAAAACGAGUCACAAUUUUAUUGAGUGAAUUUUUCUAAUCAGAUUUAAGAAUCAUGUAGUUUUACUUAAAAAUUACACUUAUUUACCUAGAGAUAAUUUAAUUCUAUGUUUCUAUCAUGAAAGAUACACUUAAUGAAAUAGUGGCUUCCUGUCUUGUCGUGAAGGUAUUUAACAAUUUAUGCUUGUGACAAUAUUGAACAUAGUAGAAUUAUAACCGAAUGCUGCAAGAAGGUACGGAGCACCCAAUAUU